CCUGUUGUCGUCGUGCCUGCAAUAUGGGCUGGUACCUGAAUCCAUCCUCCGGGACAUGUGAAGAGGCUAUUUCCACUCUCACGUACGUAGAGGGAAACUUCACCAGAGCAAAGCAUCCUAAUAACCUUCUGAAGCCAUUCAGCGAUAACAUGUUACCAAGAUCGUUCUACACCGAAACUCUGAUACGCAAAAGUUCGAUCGAUUACACCUACGGCAUCGAUAGCUUUUACAUAAGCGAUGAUACCGAUAUAUACCGUCUGAACAAGUCGAGCGAGGCGAUCGACGGAGAUCAGAAAAAGAUAUUCUCUGUUCGCGAGGGUUCUCUCAUUAGGAACAUCGAUUUCGAGGUCUUGAACGAGUACCUGUACUACGUUGACGAAAACUCGACUGGCGAACGGUCGAUAGCCGCCCUAAGCCUGGUGGCAGGUGAGCCUGCUCGCAAGUCUAAGGUAAAGUCUCAGGUGGACGUAUUUCUCAUUGGAGCGUUCUACAGUCUGAUCUACUCGCCGAACUGGGACGAGAUCUUCGGCCCACAGUCGUUACCAAAUGACCACUUCAGCAAAAAGUCGCGCCUGCGCUACUUCGACAUGCACGAAUUGGUCAGCCUCGACCCUUCCGGCGAUAGGCUCUGCUGGAUCAGCAACACGUCGGUGACGAAAAUCGAGUACCUGCAUUUCAAGGCAGUAGAGUCAAAGUACUUCGAUCGCGGAGUCAUGGACUUACCGAUCAUGAUAAAUCCGAUGUCUCUAGCAAUAGGCUUCGAUUGGAUCUUCAUAGCAAAUUUCACAGGUAUCUGGCGGUUCUCACGGAGCUGCUCAGAUCGCGGGAUAUCUCGGGAGAGAUGAAAAACGGAUGGUAUCUCACGCAAAGAUCGGUAUAUACGACUCGCACAAUCGUUACACUCAGAAUCGCCGAUUACAGAAACAUCAGGACAUGGAGAUGCAAAUAGGCGUUUGAGCCGAUUUUCCAUAGAAAUAUGUAAAUUCAAGUGUAUAAAUAGAACGUCAACAAAAUAUACUCUGUGUUGUUUUUUUCCGCGGAUGCUGACGCACCGGACAUUCAGUGAGACGCUCGCGCAGAUACCAUGGCAAUAUAGGCCAGUAGUCACAUAUCAGUUUCAGUCGUUGGUCACACUUGGACCAUCAGUGUACGUGUGACGUGUAAAACUGUAGUCAGCGGGAGCGUGGAAUCAUGAGCAGAAGUGCAGCGAGCGAAAUACAAAGUCUGAGUGCGAAGUAUAAGCAGUUUGAAACGUCCGAUGUCGUGGAGAGCACGGUCCACGUCAUGUGCGAGUCUUUCGAGGAGAAAAGAAACCGAUACGAAAAAUUAGAAGCCUUGCAGCGCUGGUACUUGAAAGGAGCAUCCGCGGUGAUAUCCAUUCUCUUGAUCACUCUGCUCAUAGUUGCAGCUGUAUGGCUCUACUAACCCAGUUACGUUUUAAUCAGGAAGAAAGAUUGUGAAAAGGCUAUGUAGAUCUUUUUCAUAAUAAAUGCUCUCGCGAUCAUCGGCUCAGCUAAAUUUUACGCAAGCGCACAUCCUCGUCCGACUUCCCACCAUCUGCUCGCGAAAGAGCAAAGCCACGAGCCUCAGAAAAAUCCAUGUGCAUAGAGCGACGUGCAGUACAAGAAAAGGAAGCGAGCGUUUUCCCAUCAUCUCUUUCUCUCCCGGGACGCGAGGACAGUCACGAGGGCCGCGGUUUCUCUCGGCGAGUCGCGCCAUUCUUCCGUUUUUUUCCGGUGCGCAUCAGAGCUCCGCGAGAUGAGAACACAGCUUCAGCAGCGCGAGGAUAUACCUGUUGCGCCGCCGGCAACGAUCUUUCGCGUUUUCUCGUCCUCCUGCAGCAGCAGCAUCGGUAUAGGGUAGAAGAAGAUGAAGACGAGAAGGAGAUGAGAAAUAGAAUGAGGGGACUCGAGGGGCUCGACUCGACAAUGGAGAGGAGAGCCAAGAGGAACUGUGGGAGGGAGAUUUCGAUGUUUUAUUUUGCGCGCAGGUGCAGCGCCGAGGCAGGAUGUGUGCUGCUGCUGCUGCUGCUGCUCGAAGAGACGACUACCAUGUGUAUACCGACUCGUCGCUCAAGGACGCCGAGAGAAUGGGAGAAAACAAAAUCGUUUACGCAAAUCUGCUUCGAAGAGAGAAAAGCGACGGAUAUUCCAGGGAUCCUGCGCAGGUAUACAGAUCACGCGUGAAUUUCCCGGUAUCCCUUUUCCCCAAGCUUUCAUCGAGGAAAAAAUCGUUUCGCAUGAAUAUUCAGAUUGGAAAGCGGGCCCUGUAAAUUUUCCACGAACGCCGACGUAAAUCCUCUAGGCAGUUUGUAAUCGUUGGCUCGUCCCGCUACACACGCGGAGACUUAAUUAUAUCAGCCUGUCCAACGAUGUAAUAUACGGUGCGGCGGCUUUCUCGUGGAUACAGCGGGUCACAUCUCGCUUGAUGGAUAUGCAUAUAUUUAAUUCCGCCUUUCUUUCUUGUCCCGCGCGAAGUACAAAUAAACAAACGCGCCUCGUCCCCGAUGUGGCGCCGCAAUAUGGAUCGAAGCCUCGUUUUCACUGACCGAUUCUAGGAUGAAACCGUCGAUCCGCGCGAAAACGAUCUCCCAUAAGGCGCGUCGAAAGAAAGUAGCGGGCCAUCCGACGCGGACAAUGAAGCGAGGCGAGGAACGACGGGCUUUCCCACAGACGGAUCGCUCGCUCGGCCGAGGAUGAUCUCGUAAAGAAAGUCGACGCGUCGGCGUCCACCGAUAUUCCCACUUUCCCCGCGCGCGCUCGUAAUUCAAGUUCAGGUGCCGAUAUCGCCGGUAUCGUGUACGGCUUUUUUCUCACAUUUAUCAUUAUAAACUCGUCCCUAAAACCGGUCAAAGUUCAGAGUUCUCGGGCGCACAGUCCCGCCUCGGAAAUGUAGGCCCCGAAAACUAGGAGAGCCUAAUUGGUCGGCCUCGCGGCCUCGCUACUGUCGCUCUGCUCGUCGAUGAACGGAAAACCUAGAGUCCAUACGGUAAUACAAAGGAGUCCGACGGAUAGAGGCAGCUGUGGGCUCGGCAACGGUACCUCGGAUUACGCCAACUUUUAAUAAGCUCGCGCAGCCUUUUCCUACCGACACGCGCUGCAAGUUUCGCGCCUCAAUCCAUCCGUGUGUAUUGUAAGACAGUGUACACGACUGGGAGAUGUAUACAUAUUCUUUUUCCUUGAUGACGGACUUAUCGGAGCGAGCAUCGGUGUAACGGUGAAUUCGUCGGCUAGACGGAUUUUCGAGGGAACGAGCAGCGACGGUGGAGAAAGAAAGUUUCCGACCUCGAGUCCAGAUAAGGAAUGGCUGCAUUUUUUAAGUCUAAUUGGGGGCUUGAGUCGAUUCGAUUAUGCAGCGAUUUUACAGUAUUUAAAAAACUGAUUUUCAUUUGUCUUUCUCUGUGACUUUUUAAUUGGCACCAAUCUGCAAUUGAAAUCGAACGUUUGGUCGCGGUGAACAAGCUCUAAUCGACCCCCUACUCCACUGGCCGGCACGAAAGAAUCAAAAGCGUCGAUUUUCCGCAGCUUGCCCACCAAAGCCCUCAUCAGAGCAUGGCUCUGGGAAUAAGAAAGAGCGGAAAAAAUCCACCAACACACACGCGUGCACACGUCUCUCUCUCUCUCUCUCUCUCUAAGCCAAGUCCGGCAAUCCGUUCGCUCGUCGAUUAAUACCGUUGUGCAGCUCGCUUUCCAUUCGCGAGCCGACCGUUUCCGCUCACGGCGGAAACUGUUACCCAACCGCACGCCAGGCGGUGCAGUCAAAACGAUCGGCUGGCGUGCAAAAAGUAAAGGGUCCGAUCGCGCACAUGCGAUUUUUACCGUCGCGCGAGUGUUUAUCGAAAGUGUGCAAAAGCUUGCGUGGAAGCGUGACUUUUUGGACGAGACGGCCUGAUGGGGUGCCAAUUAAGGUAGUCAGGCUUUUAAUGAGCGGCUCUGCCGUGGGAUUGGGUCGAUGCUGAGAUUUAUCAGUUUCGAGUGAUCCUGCGUGUGUUGAUUACUUCUCGCGAUGUUUGAUGCUGUGCUGCAGGCGACUGUGGUGGGAAACUCGUUUUUUGACAGUGAAAGUGAGACUUUAAUGUUCGACUGUGCGUUUUACGAGCUGAAAUAUAUACUGCACCAUUUUAACAGUAUAAAUAUUGCAUUUUAUUAACUCUUACAAGAUACGAAAUCCUUUCGCUUCCUUCUGAUCGAUCAAUAAACAAAUCAUUCCCAAGUCAAAAUUGUAAAAAAAAAAAAAUUCGCAAAAACCAACAGUUUGUGUAAAUUCUAAAAUUCUAAAGCCUCACUU